UUCCAGCCUAUGCCUCUGGCGCAAUUUGGAGCCGGUUUUCUUAGCGGUGGAAACGAGGUUCUGACCAAUAGCAGCUGAAGCUGAGUGGGGGCGGCGACAGAAGACUCAACUCAACGACGCAUCAAGGUUGCAAAUCGAAACGGGUGGGCAUCUUGUGUGAGUCUCGUUUCACUGUGUGGCCGCCAACAAUGGAAGAGAGUCGGUGGGAAGUUCAGAAGAAACCAGUGCGUGUCAUCGCAGCGGUGGGCCAAAACGGAGGCAUCGGCAAAGAUGGCAAACUCCCUUGGAAUCUCCCGUCUGAAUUCCAGUAUUUUCUGCACACCGUGACACAGGUGUCAAAACCAGGAAAGAUCAACAUGUUGGUAUGGGGCAAACUGUGCUGGUACGCCAACCCUCCAUCUAUGUUCCCAAUGGCAAAUGUCCUGCAUGUGGUGCUGAGUGAAACACUCACGGCGGUUCCAGAUCACGCCCACUUCCUGUGUCGGAACCUGGAGAGCGCUGUCCUUUUGGCUGCACAGUACCCACUUGCAGACUUGAUUGAGACCAUCUGGAUCGCUGGAGGCACACGAGUGUACAAGGAUGCACUGCAGCAUCGCUGGUGUGAUUUGGUUUACCUGACAGACGUCAUGGCCAGCUUUGACUGUGAUGUCUUCUUCCCCGAGCUGGAUGAAGAAGUGUUCAAAAAGCAGGAGAGAUUUGCUGGCGUGCCACCAGGAAUCCAUGAGGAGAAUGGCAUUAAGUAUGAAUUCCAAGUAUUCAAGAGAGAAGAUGCACAUUGAAGAAAUGAAGACGACGCUUUAAAUGAGGCUUGUUAAGUUAUCUGACCAUUUGAAACCAUUUGAAAGGGUUGUUGCACACACUGUAAUGUAUUGUACUUGUACUUGUGUGUAUAUAUAUAUAUAUAUAUAUAUGUGUGUGUAUAU